AGAUUGGUGCUGAUAAGCCAUACGUUCUGUAGAAAGCCGGACUCCAACACAGGUUCGGGGGCCGAGCCAGCGGGCCGGGUCAGUGUGGUGCUCGACGCCGCUGAGUGAGAGAGGUUCGCUGCAGUUCCUCGGACGCAAUAGCGACAACUACGAAGUUGCUGUUCAUCAGACUUUUGUUGAUGAGUUUCGAGGUUCACUCAUCUGUGGCCGUGAUGAUAGGAAGAUACCGCUGGUCGUGGCUCGAGCGCAUAUCUCUCCUUUUGAUUGUGAAGUUGGCUUUAGUUCGUCUUGGAGACGCACAAAAACCUAGGUCGUGCUGCGAAGAGGAAGAGCUUCCUGAAUGUGGGUAUAUGGAUGAAUAUAGUAUCUUCAGUGAAUUCUCCAUACAGCCGAAUGGAGACUUGCUCUUAUUGGGCGAGAAGGCCUCCAAUCAUACGAUAGAUGAGUACUGCAACGCUAACUGUCAUUACAACCUCUCUCAAUCAGAACCAAAGUAUGUAGUGCUCUGCACACUCCAAGAAUGCUGGUGGAAGUUUUACGUAGUGGAUCUACUAUUUCUAUCCGUGUCGUCUGUUUUUCUCGCUGUUUCGUUUAUCGUGUACGUCAGCGUCGCCGAGCUAAGGAGGAAGGAGAGUAAUUACCCUCUCACGUGUAUGCUGUCGGCGCAGUUCUUCUCUUUCACCUCCACCUUAGCCAUCAGGCUCCUGAGGUCUAAGCUCUCACCUGGACUUUGCCGUUUAUCAGUUCUUCUCAACACAUUCGCGAUCUUGUCUUCCUUUUCGUGGCUGAACGUGAUCUCGUACCAAGUCAAGACAAGCGUGCCACAGCUCCGCGCCCGGUCAGAAAGGAAUAAGAAGAAAUGGUGGUUAUACAGCUUCUACGGAUGGGGAUUCCCCUUGGUGUGGACGACGGUCGCCGGUGCCAUGGAUCUGUCUCUCCCGGAGGACUACUCGCUGCACCCCAAUUUUAUUCUGUCACAUUGCUAUUUCAAAAAUCAAACCACCGUGUGGUUCUAUAGGAACGGACCUAUGCUACUGAUGCUGCUGGUGAACCUGUAUUUCUUCGUCCAUCUGACGAUCAUUUUGGUGAAGCAGUUUCAAGAUAUAGACCAAGGCCUGCAGACAACGAGAAGGCUUAAAGACAGGUACAAACUCUUUAUUCGUCUAUUUAUGGUGAUGGGAAUAGCUUGGUGUCUGGAGUUUUUCACACACACUGAUGAAUGCCAUUUCGGGGUAAUAUUGUGUGAAGUGGUCGUUGAGUUGCAAGGCCUCUGGAUCUUCCUCGUCUCUACCUGCGCCAAAAACAACCGUCGACUGAUUCUGCGUCCCUGUGGCAACUUCAUAUCGCGAUUCAGUUUCGUAAGAGGAUGCGUGGAGAACAGACAAAGAACCACGAAGACCCAAAUGGACUCGGGUUCCACCAGUAAUACUACUAGUGUCAGAAAAUCAGUUUCAAGAAUUACAGGCAGUACGCAGCUACCAGAUGUCCCUUGUCCGCCAUGCAUAUCUAGUAAUGUGGAUAUAUUCAUUGUCAGGACGUUAUCGAAUCCCCCGACUUCAAAAGUUCAAGAGAAUUCGGAGCAGACAUCAGCUGUGACGAAUACUUCAUUGUCUGAAAAGGCUAUAAGCCUUACAAAUGCAUCUGAAGCAGACAUCUAACAACUUACACGCCAUCCGCAUAUUGUAAGUCGCGAAAUCCUGCUGCUAGGCAGUCAAAUAUUGAUAUAUGCACACAUCGCACCAUCAACAAUACUGUCAUUACAGACGCAUCAGACGUCACAAACUCCCACAAGGCAUUUGUCCAGAACCUGUUUGGGUGAUGGCGAAAACCUGUUACAAAAAUGCCUGGUUAAUCUCUAAGUUUUAUUAUCUUCGAAAUUAUAUACGUCGUCAAGACACAUCUUUAUUGUCAGGUUUACUAAUUUUCCCUCUUUUUCCUUUGUCUUGGCAGAACUUUCUUCCCUCGUAAUAUCCAGACAAUGGAAGUCUGACGAGACACGCUCCAUGUAGUGAAACGUAGAAAUCCCCACGCAUCUCGUAGGCUGGGUCACAAUGUCAUGUACUUAUACAUAAUGAGUAUUGAAACGACAGUUCGUUUCAAUACUAAAGCAAAACUAGUUAUCCAGAGCUUCUGUUGCAGGUGAAUGAUGUACAGUUACACAUUCAAUGACAAAAGUAACAGCUUUUUCCCGACGCUGCCAGACGCACAAGGACAUUACACAUAGAUGAGUAUCUAGUGCUCUAAUAACUCUAAUGAAUUGUCAUAGAUAUUCAUAGAUAUACAUUAUUACAAAUUCAACGUUGUAGUAAACAAAAACAAGCACAAGAAUAAACGUCGGCAGUUGUUUUGGGUAAGAUUCUCAGUUCGAUUUUAGGAUGAUUCCUCUUUGUGUUUUCUUAGUGGCUUGCGCUGCACCAGUUUAAUAGGUUAAAGUCAGAUUGGCUUAAAUAAACAAUCGUAGGUUAUUUAAGCGAUCAUUACUGUAUAAAAUGGCUAUUGCAGAAGUAUUUACAACCCUGUGGUUGUUUGUGAUUGCUUUCCAAGAACUUGCUUAUCAUCAGUUUCUGAAAAAAAUAUACCUUACGUAUAUUCAUCUACGCUUCUACUGAUUAUUCUUAUGAUACUUCUGGAUGAACUAGAACGAAAUCACCUGAUACUAGAUCCGAUAAGGAUAAGGAUAAGUCCGAUAUGCGAAGCUGAGCCUCGCCCGGGCUAUGGGGGAGCCCGGCCUGUGCCGACUAAUGUCGAUUCGCUAACAGUGUGUCAGCAGGUGCUUACUCGGAUGAGCUUAGUCCUUACCCACCGUGGUGCCCAGCCACGGCAGUAACCUCCAGGCGACAAUUGCAA